AUGCAUGAACAGCAGGAGAAAGUGCUUUUGAAGCACGACACGGGUAGCCUCAGGGCCCCAGGGGCCUCAGCCAGGGUUGUCCUGAGAGAUGACCUGAGUCCUUCGGAAGAGCAAGUCAAGCUGGCCCGCAAGCAUGCGAAAGCACCUGAGCCCCCUUUGCCCAGGCCAGGAAGAGACUCAGAACUAGCUGAUGUCAAGGUCAGACCAGUUGACAGAGGAGUCCCAGCCCCUGCAGGGGGCAAGUGGGCCUCCAGGGGGAGCAUGAAGAAGUGUAUCAGCCUGCUUGGGGAGGACAGCGCUGUGCCCAUGUCCUUGGCAGCGGGGCCUGGACCCCCCUUGGCCACCCCUGAUUCCCCAUUGGCAAUGGCAGAGCCCAAGAAAGUGGGUGUGAGUGUCCAGGAGCGGGUCAGAGGCUGGGCUGCUGAGAGCUCCGAGGUGAAGCCUGAGAUGAGGAGGAGGACAUUCCGGGCUCGGCCGCUGUCCGCAGAUUUGACCAAAGUGUUUUCAAGUUCAGAUUCAAGCAAGGAAGUCAGAUAUGAGAAGUGUGCUGAGCUGAGUGGCGAGCUUUCUAAGAAGCUGAGAGAAAAGCCAAAGGAUGGGCCUGGUCUGGCUGAAACAUCUGCUCCAAGAAGCCCCUGGAAGCUGGUGACACUCGGGAAAAGUCCAGGUAGACGGAGCAGAAAGACAGUUCUAACCAAGUCCCUGACAACUCUUGGGGUGUGAGCACAGCAGGAACUCCUGACGUCACUCCAGAAGAUGAGGGAAGCUUCCAGACCGUGUGGGCCACAGUGGUUGAGCAUCACGUGGAGAAACAUACUUGUGUCUAACCCUAUGAGAUGCUGUCUCUUAGCCAUGCCCCCCAGCAAUGUGCCCGAUACACGUGCCCCAAAAUCUAGGCCCAGGCAGGAGAAAGGCUUUGGCUAGGGAAGGACCCACUGGAAAUAAAAACUUCAAGAAAGACAACCCCAGGAGCCUUGACAAUCCUAAGACAGAGAAAUUGGGACAUAAUGCUCUUUUGAAUGGAGAAGGUGAGUCAAGAAGGUAUCACACAUCUCUCCAGGAAAAAUACCCUUUGGGUGAAAAACACAAGAGCCCUUUCAUAAAGCACUCAGAAAAUCCUCCCACAUCCCAGAGGAUUGAGACCAAGUAUGACAUUAUGCACACAGUGUGGGAGCGUGCUCACAGCGAGGCCAUCUCAACAGCACCAGAGAAGAAAGCGGUGACCCUCCGGAGCAGCAAGUCUCUGAAGGGGAGGCAUCUGUUCCAGGAAGUCACCCUGGCUGAUCUGGAGUCUGGUCCAGAGAGUCAGGUGGGGUCUGUCCAAAGGGUCAGUUUGAUUUGGGAAGCUUGAGUGAUGCAUGAAUCUAGUGGGCCAAAGCUUGAUUUUCGAGAGUCAAAGGAUGUGAUUGGGGGCAAUUGCCUGUCGCCCAGAUGGACAGGUAGGGUUGUAGGGAGCUGGCAUGAAGUGGUCAAUGAAGAGCCCCAUUGUCCUGGGACCACCUCCAUGAGCACUGUCAAGGCUUCUGUCUGGGAUACCCAGCAUGAAGGGCCCGAAGGGACUGGACACAAGCCAGGAGUAGAAGCAAGGGGUCCCCCCCAGGAGUGCUGCCUGGAUCCUCCUUCCAAGGCUAAGGUUGAGCCCUUUGAAUUCCAAGCACAAGCACAUCCAGAUGUGUCUCCUGUGCAGAAAGGGACCCUUACUGCACCUGCCAGUGAGGGUGACCAAAGGCUGGUCCAGAUACCAGAGCCUGAAGUCAAAAUGAGGAAAGCUGGUUUGAUUGACCAGAGAAUGGACAGAUGGAGACGGCGGACUCUACCCCAUGAUGUGAAAUUUGAUGCAUUUGGUUUCCUCACCCCAAAGAACUCAUCGAAGGUGGAGGAGAGGCAGACUGAUUAUUUGACUCACACACCUGGUGCCUUAAAAAAACCUCAGUUAUCCCCCAAUAGCGUGGAGACCCAGGAGGUGAACCCAGGUGCUUUACAGGACCAGACUGUCUCAGUGGUAAAGCAAGGGUCACCUGUGGAACCCAAGACAAUAUUUUUUGCAGUAACCUAUCAGAUUCCUGAUAUUCAAAAGGCAAAGGGUGUUGUUAUGUCAGGGCUUGACAACUUGCUGGAACAUUCUAGAAAAGUCACUCCACCUUCCUCUCCUCAUUCUUUCACACCAAUUUUGGUUUCUCUUAACCAUGAAGAGCCACUGGAGGCAGUGGGCAGUAAAAACUGGACUAAGGGAAGAGUGCAUGAAAAUGUAAGUGUUUCAAAAAAUCUGAAGCUGACAGAGUGCCCAUCAUCUGUUGGGGACAAGAUUCUGGAAACUUCUAGGGAAAAAGUCAUCAAUGUGGAUGCUUUAUGGUGUCAUCCAGGAUCCGAAGAUGGCACUGGUUUUCAGAACAAUUGGAAGGAUACCAGGAGCAGGAUGUCCCCUAGCAACACUGCUCCGAAAACUACCCCGACUUUGAAGAAUCGUCCAAAGGAUCUUGUCAGAAGGACAGAGGUGAUCAGUGAGAUGUUCCCAGGCAAGAUCAAAGAUGGCUACAGAUUGAGUGUGCUGGACUGAUGGCUGAGUACCAGGAGCUGUCUAACAAAGUCCCUGGCGAGGCUCAGGAGUGGAAGGAGAGCCGGACUUUGGUGCCCAGCAGCUCACCUUGGGAGAGGCCAGGUGGGGUGGGACAGAGGAGGAAGAGCCUGAAGGACACCUCCGAAGCAGAGGGUCUCCGGAAACAAGCUGCUCCAGAAACAAAGCACAGCUCUCCUAGUUCAGGCAGGCAGCCGGCAGAGACCCUAGGGGCAGCCACGAACACCAAAGCCAGCUCUCCUUUGUGGGCUCUGCCACGGGUGAAUUCCUUCUGAGAGGUAUCCAGGGGUCUCUUCUGUCCCUGAAGGCUCCAGGAAAAAGGCUUAGGAAUUACAGAGGAAGACAACAAUGCCUUUGCCAGUAAACAUCACAAUGCAAAGUGUCCAAACGACCCAGCUGAGUUGAAGAAGUCCUUUAGUCAGGAGGAUCUGGGAGGGAGGGUCAGAGUGUCACCCAAAUCACCCCCUGCUGACUGGAAGAAAGGGAGUCUGAGGAAAUCCGCUGAGUGGAUAGAGGAAGACAUUGUGGCCCAGUGGGGAGACCACCCACAUGACUGUGGCAGGUCGCCCAUGGAUGUCAAGAGGGCCUAUUCAGAGAAGGGGCCCCCUACCAUGAUUCAAGAUGGUCUGUCCAUCAUGCAUGAAGCCAGAGAGAGGAGGAGAGAGCAGCCCAAAGAGAGACACAGCCUCCCGGGGGAGAGUUCAAAGGCCAAACUGGGGCCCUCCUGUUGGGAGUCAGGGACUCCAGAUGGUCACAAGUUGCUGCCUCGGGACCUGGAGAAGGAGAAUGUCAUCCAGGACAGUGAGCACCCGCCCUGGCACAUGAGCCCUGCGGCCUUGGGUCCCCGAAGAAGCCACAGCUUCUCUAAGGACAAGAGGAGUGGGCCCUUUGUG